CAUGCCAUAUAGAUCCACAAUGUUAGCCAGACAAUCCAUAAUAACCACCAAGCCAACCCACCUCAUACUUCAAAGACAAUUUAGGUUGAUCCCUGAUUUUUCAAAAUUUAAAAAGAUCGAACAACCACCAGGUUAUAUUGUCGGUACUGUCAACGAUGCAUAUAUUCCUCCACCAACAAAACACAUCGACGGAAGUUAUCAUUGGACAUACGACAGAGUUGUGACUAUUGGUAUGAUUCCAUUAAUGAUGACACCAUUCAUUGCUGGUAUUGAGUUCCCUAUGGUUGACUCAGCAUUAUCUACGUUAUUAUUAUGGCAUUGUCAUGCUGGGUUUAAAUCCUGUAUUAUUGAUUAUAUUCCGGAAAGAGUUUACGGAAUUUGGCAUAAAAUGGCUACUGGAUUAUUGACUGCUGGUUCUUGUCUUGGUAUGUAUGGUAUCUAUGUCAUGGAAACCGCCAACAAUGGAUUAUUUGAAUUAUUAAGUAACAUCUGGCAUGCAUGAAUGAAUCAAGAGAGUAUAGAAGUAUUGUAUAUAAUAGUUAAAAAGUGUAAAUAAUAAGCAUUAAUUAUAAGUUGUCUACUUCUU